ACAGGAAAAAAUAAAAUUCCACUAUCAAUACACCAUUUUUUUGUAAGAAGAGAAUUUGCAUAAUUAUACUUUUAUUAUCGAUUUUCCUUGAUCAUUAUAUUUAAGUAGCUUCAAAAUGAUUUUCUUUUUUCUAAAAACAAAUAACAACUAAAAAAUUUAGGACUUUUUUGUAUAGCGUACGGGUUCAAGAGGUUGUUGUGCGGUCACAGGGUGAAAGAAUCGCAAAAUAUAUACUUCUGUUUGGAUAAGAGAUAGUAGUGUUUGUAGAAGACUGAAGUGAAAUAGAACCUGCUUAAAAAUACUUACUGGGAUAGUUUUACAACAACCCCACCCCUAGAAAUAAGAGUGGCCUUUAUUGGAUUAAAAACACAUGUGUUACUGUGUUAGAGACCUGAAACAAACUGCUGAUUGCAGGCAGAAUAGAUACACAUAAAGGUUAAAUUAUUUGAUAACCUGAUGAAUUUACAAAAUGAGUGACACAAAGAAGUGACGUAACCAGGUUCUGGUCACAUUGGAGUUGAAGUGGAUGACUGGUCUGCUAAUGGUGAAGACUACUGGGUUGAGGGGAAAGUGAAACCGUAUGGUAAAGGAGGUCAUCUCUAAUCAGUUGUUCAGACUUACUGCAUAGACAGUAAUUAUGGGUGUUGCAGAGGAGCAACUAACAGAGGCGUCAACUCUCUCGGCAUUCAACAUGAUGGAUUCAUCAAGACUGUCAACAUUUGUAAUCUCAAUACUGCUUAUUGUAUAUGGAAGCUUCAGAUCUCUAAUGAUAGAACAGGAGAACAAAGAAAAAGAGAAAGAUAAAAAUUACAAUGCUGAAGCAGAGAGCAAUGUUCAGACAAUUGACACUUGUCAAGCGGCGUUCUUGCCUCUAGGAGCCUCAAUUUCAUUACUUGUUAUGUUUCUGUUUUUUGAUUCCCUACAAAUGGUGUUUGCAAUAUGCACUGCAGUGUUAGCUACAGUUGCAUUUGCAUUUCUGUUGCUUCCAAUGUGCCAGUAUUUGAUGCGACCUUGUUCAACAGGACAAAAGAUAUCGUUUGGUCUGUGUGGACGAUUCACUGCAGCUGAGUUAAUGUCCUUUUUCCUCUCAUUUAUACUUGUAUGUGUCUGGGUGCUAACUGGCCAUUGGCUACUGAUGGAUGCUUUAGGCAUGGGUUUGUGUGUGGCAUUUAUUGCCCUGGUUCGACUCCCAAGUCUCAAAGUGUCCACAUUGUUACUUGUUGGUCUUCUUAUCUAUGAUGUGUUCUGGGUAUUUUUUUCAUCUUACAUAUUUAGUGCUAAUGUUAUGGUCAAGGUGGCCACAAGACCAGCUGAUAACCCUGUAGGAAUGCUGGCAAAGAAAUUCCAUUUCACAGGACUAGCACGAGAAGCCCCAAAGUUGUCACUACCAGGAAAACUUGUCUUUCCAAGCAUGCAGAAUUCUAGUCACUUUUCUAUGUUGGGCCUUGGCGAUAUUGUUAUGCCAGGCCUAUUGCUAUGCUUUGUUCUGAGGUAUGAUGCUUACAAGAGUUCACAGCUGAACAGUAUGGACCAGGGCAUUCCUCCCCCACCAACUUAUGUACAGAAAAUCACAUACUUCCACUGUUCUCUCAUAGGAUACUUCCUAGGGUUAUUAACAGCCACAGUAUCAUCAGAAGUGUUCAAAGCAGCCCAGCCAGCAUUGCUAUAUCUUGUUCCAUUCACGUUAUUGCCAUUGCUUACUAUGGCGUAUUUAAAGGGGGAUCUGAGAAGAAUGUGGAAUGAACCUUUCAUAGUUCAGCAACCAGCAAAAGAUCUGGAUGUAUAGCACACUUGUGAUAGUUAUAGAUGUACUGCCAGUGUUUUCAUGGAUUUACAAAACUUAUUGUGAACAACAUCUAUGGCUUUUUUGUUUGCCAUGGAUUUUAUGGGAAAUAUGCAAUGGAUUUAAGCAACUGAAAAUGAAUUAACAUACAUGUAGGGGAAAUUUUAAUGGUUUCUUUGAGGUCUCUUUGAAAAUAACAUAUUUUUCAUGGAUUUUCUUCUUCUUUUUUUCAUAUAUUUUACACAUUUGUAUGAACAUAAGAUUUUUAUCAAUUUGGAAUAGUCUGUGUUUUUCCUUGAAUGACACUAGAAAAACAUGAGAUGAAGGCAUGAAUUGAUCUGUGGAAUUCUUUGUCUUGUGUAAGUGGGAAUGAAAUGUGUGUGCUAAAUUUGUUAGAACUGCCAAAAACUUCCCGAAAGAAGUUCGGUACUCAAGAAUUUCUACUGAUAAAAACAAAAAUGCCUUUGUAAAUCACUGUGCUGUUGUGUAUAUUGACAUUUAGAAUAAUGCUGUUACAAUAGAUUCAAUGGCUGUCAUUGUUUUUCAUCAAAUAUUCUUCAUAAAAAAAUAGUUGAAGUUGUCAGAAUAUGUUUUAAAUUGCAAAAAAAAAAGAUCUUCAAAAUUUUACUAAAUAGAAAAAAGUGUUUGCUUUGGAAAACAGCUUAAAGUACUUAGCCAAUUUGUUAUUAUUAUUUUUUGAAAUUUUUACUUUUCAAAUAAACUUUAGAAAAUACAAGACAGUGUAAAUACAAGACAGUGUAUGUAUAGAAUUUUUAUUUGUAGGGUAUGUUGAUGUUUUUAAAGUUAUCACUGCAAUACAAACUUUAGAAGGUACCGUUAGGUGCCAGUAUUAGAUUUUUUUAUUGUUUUUAUAUACAGAUUUGUUUAUUGGUAAUUAGUGAUCAAUAUGUGUGUAUUUAGUCAUAUCAUUUUUCCUUCAAGUUUGCUUUUGAAAGAAGUUUUUGCACAGUAAAUUUUCAUUAAAAAUGAAUUUAGUUGUUCAAGUAAAAUUUUGUCCCUGUUUCUGUCUGCAGUAUAAAGGGAUAAUUCUUUUGUUAACUUUUUCAGUUUUAUAAAAUACACUUUUUAAACUUGAGUUUACAAGUUUUCACAGUUAUCCGUGUUUCUAAGUCACUUUUUUGCAUCGUUAAUUCAUUUUUACUUACGUUUUUCUAUGGUUUGGUACUUGUUUUUUUGUAAAUUUAAUAAAAAUGACAAAACUAAAAACUUUAUUUAAUGAUAAAUGUAUAAAUAUUUCAGUUAGACAUUCCAUAGUAGAAUUUUUUUCUUUGUUUACUUUUUAAUAUUGCUUGUUUAUAUAGAUAUAACUUUAAGGAUUCAAUAAUACCCUAGACCUUUUUUAUCAAUAAUGUUCUUUCUGCACAUGAAAUGGGAAAUACAGAGUUUCAGAUAUAGUUUUCUUUACUUAAUGAUUUGGGACAAUUUUUGUCAUUGCUUUUUACUUUUCGGUUUUUGGUAAAUUUCAGAAACAGGCAUUGGAAAAUAUCUUUGAUAUUUUAUCAUCAGCAUGUCAACUUGGUACUGUGUAGUAAUGCACAUGACUUACUAGAAAAGUUUUCUAUGGGUAAACUAUAUUUACUGUUAUAUGUGUGUUAUUAUAUGUUUUCUUCUGAAAUGCAACAGUGGGUUAUAACAUAUAAUUUCAUGGUGAUAAUAUAAAAUAUAAUUUCACUGGUACUUAAAUAUGGAAGAAAAAGAAGGCGAUUUGUUUCAUUUUUGUAAGUAUUCAUUUCUUUCAUUGUAGGUAUUUGUUUGUUUAAUUAUGAUAUUGAAAUACUCCGCUGAGCAAACACCAGAUACAAUAUUUCUACAAAGUGGUAUACUGUAUAGCGGGUUAUAUUCGCAGAGGUUAAAUUUUCGCUAUAUUUGCGGUCAACAUUGACAGCGCGAAAUCUAUACACCGCGGUUUUUUGUUACCGCGAAUAUACACAUUUCACAAAGGAAGACACUCAAUUACAAACUUUACUCUUUGUUUUUUUGUUACUUUACAUUGCAUGUGCCAGAUUGUAAUGUACUGUGUCAGUGCGUGCAGGCGUACAUUCACCACCUUCAGUGAUGGCUCUAGUUUUUUAUAAAUUUGAUAGUAUUUUGAAGAAAGAAAUAUGAAAAAUCCUAAAUUUUAUGAUACUAAUAAAAGAUCAACUAUAAUCUUUAACCGAGAUAAAACUGUAAACAACAAAACUGACACUAGGCAUCACGCUAAUUGCCAAUAAUUAGUAUUAAUUACUGGCCAUUUCAUCCAUAAAGUUUAACAGAUCGUAACAAAGGACGAUCACACCAUUUGUUACCAGUUUGAAUGAAGAAGUUGCUGUCAUUUUGAAAAAUGCCAUUCCGAGAUAUUAAAAAUUGCUUUCUCUUCAUUCAUAAAAAUAUUUAAAUUUUUAAAAGGAAACAUCAAAUAGACCAAUAUUUUAUUGGUUUUAUUUUCAAGAAAACAAAAAUUGAUAGUUCAGUGAGACCAGUUCCGCUCUCCACAAAAGAGGUAAUUUAUUAUCGGUGUCGAUGUUAAUCCUACUUUUGUUUUCAGUCUACCUCAAAAUUUGCGUAUUUAUUAUUAUUUACAUGUCUAGGAAGAGUGACCUCCCUUUCUUUUGUUUACAACCAAGGUUUAAAAGUCAGGGUUGGGAGUAGUUUCCAUGAAAGUAAGACACUGUGAAUUCAAAACUCUUCAAAAAAUGCGAACAUUUAGCACCGUGAAUAUAACCUGCUAUACAGUAUAUGAAUUAAAAUGUCUAGUUAAUGACAUACCUUUAUAAAAUUAUUAAAAGUAAAAAUUACAUGCAGCCUUAUACUAAAAUGUGAUAUAAAUUUAUAUGUCAUGUUGCAUUAUUUGAGAUUUACCAACAUGAACAUUUUGAGGUAAAACCAUUGAAAAUGCAUAAAGAAAUAGAAAGUUUGUUUGUUCAAAAUAUUUUUCUUUGUUUUACAUUUUCUCUUGUGGCUAUACCACUAGUGAAACUUGUUUCUGAUGUUGACUCAGUGAAAAAUGUUUCAAUCUUACACUGAAACAAAGAAAUAUCUUCUCUGUCUUCUCGGAAUAGAGUAUACCUAGCUGUCCUGAACUAAAAAUGGUGCAGGAAUUUUUACACCCUAAUAAAGAGGGACAUAUAACAGGUACAUUGUACUUCGGUGUUGUGAUAAUAUUUUGCUUUUAAAUUCUCUAUUAAAAUUGCUUACCAGAUGUAAUAAUGAUAAAAUUAUGUUGACUUAGUAAAUAGUUUUCCAACAGACAUCUUUAGCAAGUUAUAGAGGAUUUUCUUUAGAGUUAAAUACUCAAGUUGCCAGAUGUGAUUUCCUAAAACAUAGUCAUUGAAAAAAGUAUCCCAAAAUAUGGGAUUGCAAUUUGAGAACUUUAGUGGCAUCUAGUCUUAUAUUGUUGAUGUUGUGUGUCAGUGUGCAUUUUUUCUUCUAUAGGUCUUUUGAGACUUAAAUUUCAAGUUUAAAGGGAUAGAAUGAUAGAAAUAUUUAUUUUGGUUGUUUAAAUGUUUUAAACUGUAUGAUUUGAUAGUUUUCUAUUUUCUUUCGUUAUUAGGCCAGUGUAUGUUAUAAAGGGUUUACAUAAGACACUUUAUUACAGUAAAAUAGUAGAAAUUCUGUUUCUAAUGUAGACUUCAAAGAAAAAUAGAUAGACACUUAUGGAUGUUAGCAUCAUCACCCUUCAUAAUCAUCAUUAUCAUCAUCAGCAGCUGAAUUAUUACUUUUGUUGCAGUCAUAAUUCUGAUCAUCAUCUUCAUCACUAGCAGCAACAUCAUCAUCAUGUUGUUAUUUCUGUAAUAUAAAUUUUUAUCAUCAUCAUCAUCAUCAUCUCUGUGAUUAAUAACUCCUUACAUUUCAGUAUUUACAGAACAGUGAUUUACAGCAAUAACAUAUAUGGACUAAAAUAAAGAAAUCACAAGAUGGUGUUUUCUUUUACAAAAAGAAAAUUGUGGCUCUCUUUGUUUGCUUGCUUGUUAUGAAGAGAUGAGAUACACAAAUUAGCUUUUAUUAAAACUUUUGUAGAGCAAAUACUCUUGUUACAAGGAUAGGAAUACUCUGUUUCAAGGAUAGGGAUAUUGUUUAUAACUUAAAAAUGUUCAUUUGAAGUGCUCCACCAUGGAGCAGUCUGCACAAUGAACAAUUUUCACACCAUUAUCUGAGUAGUAAGUGUACAGGAAUAUGAACUGAGAUAUACUGGGAUUGAUCCCUGGAUACUACAACUGUCCUCUGUCUGGCUGUCACAGAACACAUACUGUCUGAAGUCAUACAUCCCCUACCUGUGGGAAAAUGUGUGUUACUUGCAUAGAAAAAGUUAGUACUGGUUAUAAUUUGGGUACACUGCUCAUGAUAAAUACUGUUGAAAAGUGGUGUUAAAAUCCAUAUCGGUUCACUUGUUUUUUCAAAGAUUCAAUAAAAUUUGAAUUAGUCAUAUAUAAGAUUCACUAGACUUACAUUUAGAGAACUUGUCAGCUACGUGGAGAAAAGGUUCAUGCUGGAUCAGUGCUACCUUUUGAUACACAGCUGGAAAUAACAUUUAACUAAUUAUUGUCGGAUAAAUUUUACUUUCUGUAAAAAAUAAAACCACCGUAACAAUUUCUGAUUACUUUUUAUUUCAGCGCCAUGUUUUCUUUUCUAUUUUUUGUUUUGUUUCAGUGAAAGAAUAGCUUCAUAGAAAUUAUAUUCAUGUGCUAAUAUAUCUCCAGUUCUUUUUAAUUUGUAUUAUAUCAAGAUGAUUUGGACUGUCUUGUGAUAAAUAAAAUACAAAUUACAAAAAAAGUAAUAUGAGAUAUCAGUACAUUUCAUUGCAGAGUCAUUUGUCAGGUAUCAUUGUAAACAGUGUAAAAUAUCUUGUCAACAUCGCCAUUUUCAAAAGUUAUUUUUAUUUCUCAUGUAUGAUAUUUUUGAUGUAUGCUUUUUAUUUGCUAAAUAUUUGUAUUUCGUGGAAUAAAAUCUGUAAAAACCAA